UUACGGGAAGCCAACAACAGCAGGAUUCCAGAUUCCACUCCACCACCUCGCCUCCGAACAAAGCCCAAAACCCUUUUGGCGAUAAGGCGACCGACCGACCGACCGCCCGCCCGCCGCGAUCCCUCCGCAAAAUCUCCGGCGCCCAUCCUGCUCUGCUGCGAGGCGGUCGUGCGGGAUUUCCCUGGGCUGCGGCAGCCGGAAUCGCUCCUCGUGAGCCCCUGCUGUGCUCAUUGUUGGGGAAACGGAGCUCACACUGCUUUGGUAUCGCUUGAUAUGAGCAGCAGACGAGUCGAUUUUUGAGGCAAUUGGGUACUCUCAGGAGAAGUGCAUUAGUUGUCCAGCCACUUUAGCUUAUUGAGAUGGCUACACAGUUACCGUGCUUCGCGCAGCUCAGUCCACCAUCUUCUAGUUGGGGAAAUGAAGCUGGGAGCUGCAAGGCUACAUCUGGUAAGGCAUUGGUCAGAAGUAUUCGAGCUUUGGGUCACUGUCACUUCCGGUGCUGUGCAAGCCCCCGCAGUGCUAACUCUUUUCAGAAGAAAGAUUCAUUCCUUGAGCUCCAUCCGGAGGUGUCUCUGCUCCGUGGUGAGAAGAAUGUUGAGGUUGUUGACCCAACAAAAGGCUCUUCUGAUGGAAUUCCGUUAGAAGGGCUAGGGGUGCCGCCAGACCGGAAUGAUUAUAAUGAGGCCAAGAUCAAGGUUGUUGGAGUCGGAGGUGGGGGUUCAAAUGCAGUCAAUAGGAUGAUUGAGUGCUCCAUGAAUGGUGUUGAGUUUUGGAUCGUGAACACUGAUGUGCAGGCGAUAAGAAUGUCCCCUGUGCUUCCCCACAAUAGGUUGCAGAUUGGGCAGGAGCUGACUAGAGGCUUGGGUGCGGGGGGAAACCCUGAUAUUGGGAUGAAUGCGGCGAAGGAGAGCAGUGAGUCCAUACACGAAGCACUUUAUGGUGCUGACAUGGUUUUUGUGACGGCUGGAAUGGGUGGAGGAACUGGAACUGGAGGUGCUCCUGUAAUUGCUGGAAUUGCAAAGUCCAUGGGUAUACUGACUGUCGGUAUCGUCACAACACCUUUCUCGUUUGAGGGGAGGAGGCGGGCCGUUCAAGCUCAGGAAGGAAUAGCGGCCUUGAGAAAUAGUGUGGACACCCUCAUUGUCAUCCCAAAUGACAAGCUGUUGUCUGCUGUUUCUCCAAAUACUCCUGUAACAGAAGCAUUUAACUUGGCUGAUGAUAUUCUUCGGCAAGGCAUUCGUGGCAUCUCUGAUAUUAUUACGGUUCCUGGAUUGGUUAAUGUUGAUUUUGCUGAUGUGCGUGCCAUCAUGCAAAAUGCAGGAUCAUCUUUGAUGGGUAUAGGGACUGCUACAGGAAAGUCAAGAGCAAGAGAUGCCGCUCUUAAUGCCAUUCAGUCGCCACUGCUAGAUAUUGGAAUUGAAAGAGCUACAGGCAUCGUGUGGAAUAUCACUGGGGGAACUGAUCUGACUUUGUUUGAGGUAAAUGCUGCUGCUGAAAUAAUCUACGACCUUGUAGAUCCAAAUGCUAAUCUGAUAUUUGGUGCUGUUAUAGACCCAUCACUCAGUGGUCAAGUGAGCAUAACCUUGAUUGCGACUGGCUUCAAACGGCAGGACGAACCAGAAGGUCGCACCUCAAAGGGUGGACAGCAAGCGCAAGGCGAGAAUGGCCGACGCCCAUCCUCUGCAGGAGGCAGCAUGGUGGAGAUCCCUGAGUUCCUUCGAAGAAGAGGGCCUUCUCGCUUCCCACGAGUUUGACUGCCCAGGCUCCUCCCUACUCCUGUCCUCCUGUAUGAUACCUCGCUUAGGUCAGAAUCCGAUGGCUCCUGCAAGGCUGGCACCAAGCCUUUAGGCUAGGCGUUUUUUCAUUUGUAGUUUUGUUUGCACCUUUGUGCGCGAUAUUUUUUCGAAUCCUGCUGUCAAUAAUGUGUAGUUGCUGUGAGCUUGCUAGUGCUGUAGAAAAUGCGUUUCUUUCCUCGUCA